ACUGAGAAAGUUUAUUGCAAACAAUGGAAAUGUGAAGGUGAUAGUGCUAUUGUCCUUUAGCUGGUAAUAGAGGAGCUCUGGGGUUGAGGAGACACACACUGCAGAGUUGAGACACAUGGGACCGGGAUCUGGAGCGACACACACGGGAGGCUGGAGAUGGUUGGGACCGGGAUCGGGGCACUGGAGUCGAGUAGGCGUCUUGCUGAGACGUUUGGGGAGGUGUUUUCGACUUGAGUACUUGCACAGAGCAGCAGCAGACAGAGGUGACACUGAGUGGUGAGGAAAUGAGGGUAUACAACACCAGAGAGAAGUCAGAUUUGCCUCAAGUUUGAUCUGAGUACGAUAAGAAAAAAUGGGGAAACGCAUUCUCUUUUUCCUCGUUUUUGUUCUCUGUCUAAGUGGUACACUUCAAAAAAAAGAGGAAAUGAGAAUAAAAAAGCUCAAGAACAGCUCUGAGGUUUUCGUUCCUGUGCCCAGAACAUUUAAAGGGGUCCCAGUCAAGACAAAUUUCUCUCUUGUCCUAAAUGGGACACAGGCUCCCAUUUUAUCUCCUUCCCCUCCAGCACUGCAGUCACUAAGCAACAGCACAGUACGGUACCUCCGCAGCCCUCUGAGCACGCGGGUCAUCCCCAUUAUUUAUAUGUUGGUUAUAGCUGUCGGGAUCCCAGCCAACGUCGCCAUCUUGUGCACGAUGGCCACUAAAGUUAGGAAGGUGUCCUCUGCCAUCCUUUACCUUAGCCUGGCUGUCUCCAACCUCUUCCUCCUCCUCUCCCUCUUCUUCAAGGCUCACUACCAUCUCCAUGGAAACCACUGGGUGCUCGGAGAGGCAGCCUGUCGAGUGGUCACGGCCUGUUUCUAUGGCAACCUCUACUGCUCGGCCCAGACGCUGGCCUGCAUCAGCAUCAAGCGCUACCUGGCUGUAGUGCACCCAUUCAUGUAUAAAAGACUCCCCAAGAGGAUGUUCGCUGCCUGGGUCAGCUUGGCUGUAUGGGGGGUGUUUGGUGCUGCCGUUGUCCCAGAGUUCCUCAUCCAACAGAGCUAUUGGCUCCCUCAGGUGGGCCGCAUCACCUGCCAUGACGUAUUGCCUCUGGACUAUGACUCCCAUAUCUUCCUGCUCUACUACAACCUGUUUCUAACCUUCUUUGGCCUCCUGGUGCCGCUGGUGGUCACGGUUGUGUGCUACGCCCGAAUCGUCUGUGAGCUCAACCGAUCACACCUCGACUGGGCGAUGUACAUCAAGACCAGCUCACUGGUGUUUGUCAUCUUCCUGGUGUGUUUUGCUCCAGCUGGAGCCCUGCACUUGCUCCAUUAUGGGCAACUGAUUGUGGAUGGAACAGAGAGUUUGUACGUGUACUUUAAAGUGGCGGUGUGUUUGUGCUGCCUCCAUGCCUGUUUAGACCCCUUCCUCUUUCUCUUAAUGUCCAAGUCUGCAAGGUCUGGGCUUUAUUUCAGGCACAUUAAAGGCAAAACCCUGAGCAUAUCUCACUAAGAGAGAUUUACAUGUUACCAGAAAACUGGUUUUGAUUUUGAUUUUGCCUCUGAUGAAGAGGGAAAUUGUCUCUGUGGCUGGAAUCCAAAGAGAAAGCAAAAGGACCUUGACUGUAUUUAUGAUAAACAGGAUGUGUAGAAUAGAGUGAGUCAAAGGGAGGGAAUAAGAAGAUAGAUGGUAAAUAUGUUUGUAUAUAUUUAUGUAUGUAAAAGAUGGAAGCAGCGUAUAUUGAUAUUAAUAUUUUCAUUCUGUAGAGUUUGGAGGGAAAAAAUAACACAAACGCUUGAAAUGUAUAGCUGACAAGGAAUAAUGUGAAACUGACUUUAGAAAAUAAGUCUCCCAAGCCUUUGUGUAUUCCUGCUAUUGCAUAUGAAGUUAUAAUGUCUGCUGAUUAAAACAUAAAAUUAACUUGG